GUGGAGGUGGCUGCAGCUAAGAGUCCAGUCUGUAAUAGCAUAUCACUUUCUGUACAUGUGCUGCCCGUAGUUUGAAAAGAAGGCUGUCCAGGCUCAUCUAAUGUGAACCCUGACUUGUCUUAAGAUGAUCUAAAGCAUCCUUCAUUCCAGGGCCACCUUCAGAAGUGUGCAAGGAGGGUCAUCUCUGGAGGACUGCUCCCCGUGCCCGGCUGGAUAUUACUGUUCACGAUCUGCCACAGUUAAGCCCAAGGCCUGUGGAGUUGGCAGCUAUUCGGAUCGCAGUGCAACAUCUUGUUCUCCUUGCCUCCCCGGACACUACUGUAGUAAUGAGACCACCAGCCAGGAGGCAAUGUUAAAUCUUAUGGUGUGCCCUGCUGGCCGAGUCUGCAUAGAGGGACUGGAUAAGGAGCCUCCCAGAGCCACUAAUCUCUGCCCUGCCGGCUUCUACUGUCCACAGGGAAAUGUGGUUCCUCAUCCAAGGUCUUGCCCAAAUGGCACAUACAAUGACCACCAGGGUUUACGAGAUGCUACUGAGUGCACACCUUGUCCAACUGGCUAUUUUUGUUACAGUGACAAGGAGCAGGGCAUAGCCAACCCAACCGGACCCUGUCCAAGUGGUUACUUUUGUCCCCCGGGUACAGCCCACCCUUAUUCAUUUCCUUGUCCCAUUGGAUCUUACUGGAACAGCUCUUUAGGUCAAGGUGGUGACACCUGUCUGCCAUGCCCAGCUGGCUUUUACUGCAAGUCAAUUGCCACUGAAACACCUGCAGUCUGCCCACAUGGGUUCUUUUGCCCUCAGGUGGAAGAUUCUGCAGAGGAACUGGCUUGA